GGCUCGCGUCUGGCUGCCAGCUGAACCAUCCACGGCGAAAGAGAUCGAGGAAAUCCUCAGAUACUGCAACCCCUCACUCCCUGCGCAUGACUGGAGGGUCAUAAGGCUGGAGAGAACCGAUAAACCAUAUCGGCAGGCGCUGAUAAUGCUUAACGCGGAGUCUAUCGGUCCUCUCAGCAAAACCAAGGGAGCCAUCAGCUAUGGGUUCGAAAUGGUGGUACUUAAGGUACUCCCAACGGAUGCCAGGGCUGAUGGCACUCAAGCUGCAGGUGCGGGGGAGAAGGAGGAAGGCAUUAGCGAUGGUCAAAUGACCUUGGAAAACGACCCAAACCUCUCGGACGUGGCGAGCUCUGGAGGCGGAUCGUCGAUGGGCGACUCCGUUUUCAGCCUCGAACAAUUGUUCGAGGAGGUGAGGGUCGAUCAGGACUUUAGCGCUGAACUAGCGCUACUAGAGGAGAGUCUGAAGGAUGAAAUUCCUCCAGAUUAACCUCCAUCACGCAAAG